AGAAAGUUGGGAGGAAAUAGCCCAGGAAAAGUGACACUCGCGGAGCCCUCCGGAGCGCGGAGGAAAUAAAAGCGGCGGCGGGCAGGAAGUGUAAGGAGGAGGAGGAGGAAGGGGAGAAGAAGGAGGAGGAGGAGGAAGACGAAGAAGAAGAAGAAACGGCAGCAGCAGCCGCUGCCGGCGCGGCAGAAGAGAAAGCAAAAGCCGCCCGGCGGGUGGUGCCGCCCGGCCCGGCAUCCGCGGGGCUGCGCGGGGCUGCGCCAUGGCCCGGGAGAACGGGGACGGCGGCGGCUCCUGGAAGAAGCAAGCGGAGGACAUCAAGAAGAUCUUCGAGUUCAAGGAGACGCUGGGGACGGGUGCAUUCUCUGAAGUUGUUUUGGCUGAAGAGAGAGCGAGCGGGAAACUUUUUGCAGUCAAAUGCAUUCCCAAGAAGGCACUGAAGGGAAAGGAAAGCAGCAUAGAGAAUGAAAUUGCAGUCCUGAGAAAGAUCAAGCAUGAAAAUAUAGUUGCCUUGGAAGACAUCUAUGAGAGUCCGAACCAUUUAUAUCUGGUCAUGCAAUUAGUGUCUGGGGGAGAGCUUUUUGACCGCAUUGUUGAGAAAGGAUUCUACACCGAGAAGGAUGCCAGCACCCUGAUCCGGCAAGUCCUGGAUGCCGUCUAUUACCUGCACCGAAUGGGCAUCGUGCACAGGGACCUCAAGCCUGAGAACCUGCUUUACUACAGCCAGGAUGAAGAGUCAAAAAUCAUGAUCAGUGACUUUGGAUUGUCAAAGAUGGAGGGUAAAGGAGAUGUGAUGUCCACAGCCUGUGGGACUCCUGGCUAUGUUGCUCCUGAAGUGCUGGCCCAGAAACCCUACAGCAAAGCCGUGGACUGCUGGUCCAUUGGGGUCAUCGCAUACAUCCUGCUCUGUGGGUAUCCCCCUUUCUAUGAUGAAAAUGACUCCAAACUCUUCGAGCAGAUCCUUAAGGCGGAGUAUGAGUUUGAUUCUCCAUAUUGGGAUGACAUCUCUGAGUCUGCUAAAGACUUCAUUCGGAAUUUGAUGGAGAAAGACCCUAAUAAAAGAUACACCUGUGAGCAAGCAGCACGGCACCCUUGGAUCGCUGGUGAUACAGCACUCAACAAAAACAUCCACGAGUCAGUCAGUGCUCAGAUCCGGAAGAACUUUGCAAAAAGCAAAUGGAGACAAGCGUUUAACGCCACAGCAGUCGUGAGACACAUGAGACGGUUACACCUCGGCAGCAGCCUGGACAGCGCGAGCGCCAGCGUGUCGAGCACCCUCAGCCUCGCCGCGCCACUUCCCGACGCAGCCACACGGAAAGAUUGUAUGUCUCCAUCCACUCUCUGUAGUUUUGUUUCAUCUGCUUCUUCAGGCGUUUCUGCAGUAGGAGGGGACCGGAGACCCAGACCCACCACAGUGACCACAGUGCACACAGGGAGCAAGUGAGAGCCGGGGCGGCGAGGAGCAGGCAGGCGCCGGGGCUGGCAGGGUUCAUCUGCGCGAUCCCACCCUGUGGUGCACGCUCAGCGAAGGACUAGAAGAAAGAAGAUUUUUUAUGGCCAUAUUUUAUACUGCAAUUCUGAAAUGUUUCAUUUAUCACAAACUGCAAUGACUCCAGGGGGAACGGAUCUAACAGUCUCUGGUGCUGUACAUAUAUAUACAUAUAUAAACAUAUAUAUAUAUAUAUAUGUGAGUCUAGCAAUGUUCUAACUAAUGAACACUCAUUCUUUUCCCCAGUAAUUUACUCUUUUCUCAGUGUAGGUAAUAGUAUAUGUUUUAUUUUUUUUCCAUUAACUACAAACAUCUCAACUGGAUUAUUUAAAUAGAGAUACUUUUCUGAGCAUUAUUUUUUUUUUCUUUUAAAAAGUACUUCCAGUAAUGUCCCUCCUUCCAGUUUGCUGGGGGAUAGGCUAUUUCUGUAGGUAGGAAUUGCUGUUAACUUUGCAACACAGGAGGAUUUCAAUAGCAUGCCAUUUCUCUCGCCUCAAGACUGCAAGUCUGCCUGGCUUUAGCAGAGCUGUUACUGCCCAGAUUAAGAAAGUGCUGCUUUCCUUCCACUCCUCCUUCUUGAAAACCAUGGUGAGAGUUAAAUUGCCACCAGCUGGGAGUCAGCUUAUCCUAGGCCUCAUUCCUGUAGUGCUGGGGAUCUGCAGCACCCUUGUUUCAGAGGGGAGGCAGGUACACAGUGCCGGACAGGAGCAAACAAAAUGACAGAGCAUGGUCUCAUCCUGCAGGUCUUAUCUCCCUUGAGCUGCUCUGUGUUAUGAGCAGAGCGAAAGAAAAGGAAGACGUGGGGCCGGGAGUCAUAGUUGUCCUCUGCCACCGGCUCACUGCACUGCCCUUGAGCAAGACAUUUAAUUCACCAGCCUCAUCCCAGUCUGGCCUCUGACACUGGGCGCAUCCAGCCCACAGGGUCUGUGCCAGAGGUGAGGAGCACCUGCAGCUCCUCGGGGAUUUGCCUGGUGUUGCUGAUGCUCAGCACCUCCCAGAGUGGCUGAAACUAAGUAUCAGAAACCAAGAGAAAAGUUUGGACCUUAAUCUCUGCAUGCCUGGGUUUUACCCCCAGAGAGAGGGGUGAUGCUUACGACCUUCUGUGAAGCACUGGCAGGUUCUUGGGUGCAAAUUCCGGGAUCUGGAGUAAUGUUGCUCCAUCAUGCUUAGCUCUGGCUGAUGGCUGGCGAGGAGCACUGAGCUGGGAAAGCAGGGCCUCGCCGAAAGGCAUGGGCAUAUGCAGGGGCAAUGGUGGCUCGCUUCCCCUCCUCCCCAGGAGCUCAUAUACAAAAGCAAACUCAAUUUGCCCAUUUUUUAGUUAGUACAUAUGUGCCCUUCCCAAGUGCUCUGUGCUGGGGCAUCAUUUAGGAACAGCUACCGUACUGUUGUGCAGCCAUGCAUUAAAGCAUCUUGAAACAGAGAGGAGAGCAAAUCUGCCCAGAUUUGCCAAAGGGCUCCAGGUUACUUCUACACCAUUCCCAUCUGUGAUUUUCAUUCAAGGAGGAGAGAAGGGAGGUGGGCAACAUUGUCCCUGGCCACCGUGAGCCUCUCACACCCAGACAGGUCCAUCACCAGCCAGAGGCACAAGCCGUUUCCCACAGCAUGCCCUACUGUCACGCUCACUUCAUUUAUCCUGCAUAAGACAUUGUGAAAGCCAGUCACAGACACAGCUGAUUGUAGCAGGCAAUAGUGACCAUUCCGGGAAAAAACAUGAGAUACAUAUUUUUCAUUGAGACUUCAAAAUCCUGCUUCAGCUUCAGUCAGUUGGCUUCAACCAGCAGAGCCGGGAUUUCAUCCAUCACACUUCAAGUGUUAAAAGCUAGAAAAGCAGGCAGCGGUGAGCACUGACCCUGAAAUAGCCACUCCUUUGGUGGCACUUAAAUCUGUUACACCCAAUAGCUCUCUAGUUUCAUCAGUAUUAAGCUGCUCACCAUUUUCAGAGAGCUGUGGCACAUCUGAGUGAGGCCCUGGUAGCCCCUGGUGUCCCCCACCAUGUUGCAGCUGACAUGGAUGCUCAUGCAGAAAGUCUUUGACUUCUCAUUUUAGGAAAGAUGCCAGAUAUUGGUUUCUUGGUGGUUGGUAGCAAAACUCCAUAUAAUUUUCCUGAUGGGGACUUCUGACUGAGAUUUGGGCAGACCAGAGGGCAGGGGAUCUCCUUGCUGCAAGUCAUGCUCCUGUCCCCAUCCCCUGGCCAUUGCCAGCAUAUACUCCUGCCCCAUUGACAAGGAGUAGGAAGAGCUUUUUGGCAUUUACCCUCGGAGCUCUUUACGUCUUGCUACAAAGGUAUCUGAAAGUGAAUAUAAUACAGUUUAAACUAAUUCUAAGGCCACUUUAUUUUGCCAGCCUGAGUAAAGAAGCUUUAGUUUAGGAAACACGUCUAUCCCAAGAAAUUCAAGUUAUUUUGAACCCCCAUGAUUUCAUAAGCCCUACUGUCCCUAUUCUGCUCCAGUUGCAGGGAUGUAAAUAGGCAGUCUCCCAGUUUGGCAUCAGUGGAGUUCCCCAUGUUUACACACGUGCAACCAAAAGCAGGAUUUAGUUAAGGAACAUUUUUGUGUUUGUAAAAGUGGUUUUAAAGGUUAGGGCUCAAGCAUUUCCUCUUUGCCUUCUCUUCUGAAACCCGAGGUCUGGUUUGAACUUGAUGUUACUGCUGAGGCCACUAAUCAAAAUACAGCAUCCAAACGUAUCUUACAGAAAAAAAGACAAGCAAAUGGAUUUCCGCCUGCAAAACAAAGAGCAGUGGUGGGAGAAAAGGCAGACGUGCUGUCCUGCAGCCGGGGGGUUUCCAUACACUGGCUGCCCCUCCUUGCUGGAUGCUUUCUGUGUUUUUUUGUUGGGAGGGUUAUUCUUUCCUUCCACACUUGGAAUUAGGAUGAUCUGUUUUCCUUCCUGCAAGUAAUAUUCUGCUGUAGUUGUGUAAUUUAUUGUCAUACUCUUUUGCUUGCUAUCAACUUCUGGGAUCUUAAGACAAGAAACAGAAUCACUUAAAAGCAAAAUUGUUUCUUUCUGCCUACAACUUUGGGUGGUGGGAAGCUCUUCUUUUGUACCGGUGAAACACAGCUGGAGACCUGACCAGGGUUCACCAAAUGCUUAGAGAUCUCUCCUGUCAUUGAGUCCUGAAGUAUCUCAUGAUUAAAACUUUGCAGAUUAAAUCUGGAUAAAUCUGUUAACUGGGGUGAAUUACCCAGGCCAGAUUUACGGAAAGGGCUGGAGCUGUUUGCCCUUCGGCAGCACAGCCUGGUACGGCAAACACUCCAACAUUGCUUGCUGGGACCAUGUGUCCUUUCCCUGCCCCAAUCCCCCCCUGCUCAGCAAUGUGAGUGCAAAGCCAGGAGUAAAUAAUGUGUGCAUGUGGGGAAUGGGCUAAUAGCCCCAAAGAAGAAGAUUCAAAACAAAUCCCUAGCUGAUUUUGCCAUGAAGGAGCAGGUAGAAAAAUCCCUCUGGGCUCUUUCCCAAUGGACUAUCCUACUAAACAAUGUGUGAUUUGUUCCUCACAUGAGGACUUCAGCCUGGACUCCCCUGUCUGUUACCCUUUUCCACUUUACUUUACUGGCACCAAUGUGUUUUUCCUUUUAACUUGUUUUCCUCAGCUCCUUCCCCUUCUUUUUCUUUGCUUGCAGCUUUGAUUGUUGAUUUUUACCUCCAGAGUCACAGAGGCCAUCUCUGAUGCCAACAGCAGCGCUCUUGCUGGGAAAAAAAAAAUCCAGAAAACCUCCAGCUGGCCCCUGAGCCUGCAGAAGAAGUUGUGAGGACAGGCUGCCUGUGAACUCUGCGAGCUGAAAGUCAGUAUUGCAGUGGCAGGGGCUUCCGCUGCUGAUUUUGCAUGUGACUUCAUUCCCAGAGCAUCCUAACUUUCUGCUGGAUCACCCCUUCUGCAGCACAAAGUGGAUACUGGCCCUGCGGCACGGCUAGUGGGGAAGUAGGCGUACGGGGAAAACCUGGCAGUGAUGUUUCCUGAGACUGUGUUACUCUGCUGGUGAUGUGUCUUCUGUCCUGGUUGCUAUUGUACAGGUGCCGUUAGAGUAGUGGGUGGAGAAAAAAAGUAGGAUUUUACCUAUGCCUUGUGUGUCUGUUAUGGUUGUGGUGCUGAAAUAAAACCAAGCAAUGACAGAGGUUCGUUCCUGAUAUGAAUCAAACCACAAAACAGGGUGUCAGCCCACUGGUAGACAUCUCCAUGUAGUUCUGCAGUAGGCAUUAGAUAGGGUUUUCCGCUGUGCAUGUGCCCUGCAUACCCCCAUGGCUAUCGACAGUAUGUUUUCUAUAACCAGUUCUCCUUCUUCUGGGUCUCUGUCCAGCCCUGAGGGACUCUGGGGCUUGUCCAAAGCUUUUCCCAGCACUGGGGAGCCAACACAGCCCCUGACCUCUGGCUUUUCUCCCCAAACCCUUUGCAAACCAGAGCACAGACCUCCAGGGUGCCCCAGAAAUACAGCGGCUUCUGGCCCUAAGACAGCCCCUUCCUUCAGUGUGACCCUAUUUUUAGUGAAACAAGCCCCCAGGGAAAGCCAGAUAGCUUUUAGCCGUUGGUGAGAAAAGAGAAUAUUGUCCUUCAAUGUGAACUUGGCAUUAACUGGAUCAGAUAUAGGGAAACCUGUGUUAUUAUUUCCCCCUCUGAUAACAGCUCCAGCCCUGAACAGCGCUGGGUGGGCACUACAUAAAAACACCGGAUUGGUUUUGCUAAGAAGUUCACGCCGACUGUAGCCUGUUGCUUUUGCUCUCUCCAAAGGGUCAGGGGGUUUAUCUACUGGCAAAAUAAUGGUUUCUAGACUGAGUCCCAGGAUACAGAAGUAUCAUCCUUUCGGCAUUUGGAAAUUCCCAUUUAAUGGGAUUGCUUGCGUUCUUGCUCCCAUGCCUAUUUAUCUGUCUGAAUUGGGGCCUGAACGCAUCCCAGAAAUUAUUGAUGGGAAGGCAGUUUUGCCUUCGUUAUCAUGCUAAGUAUUACACUCAUUCAAGCAAAGAGCAGAAACAUACCCGGAGGCUACAGCAUCCAAGGAAAACAGCAUCAAAACCAAACAGGGAGGAUUAGCUGGCAAAUCACUGUGAGCAAUGGCUGAGUGAGGAAAUGGCAACCUGCUCACAAACGUUGCACGAACAGAGUUUCCCCUGGCAAAUUAGUCAUUCCAGAUUUCUUGCCUAGCAGCAAGUUUUACACAAUCCCUUUAGUUUUUCUCGGCAUCCCUGCAGCUGGGUCUUGCCUUCCCAUCCUGUCUGCCAGGGUGGUCUGGUCUCCGUGACACAAGUGCGUGUGCGUGUGUGCGUACAUAAGCGUGUGUGUUGCAGCCCCAGAGAUCACAGAUCUCACCAGUGGGAGACCAGGAGUUGGUUCAGCAUUUUUGGUCUGACUUUGCAUGGUUGGGUCAAAGCUGUGUAAAUAGUGUUUGUAAUGGAGGAUAAAGGCUCUUUAUCCCAAACUCUGGUUUUCAAGACCCCUUCCCCACCACAAACCGUGCCACUGAGCUGUCCAGGUAGCUAUUUUUUUCCUCCUCUUCAUAAAUGAUAAGGUCAGAAGAGCAGCUCUUACAUUUCUCCAUGCUCCAGAGUGGAAUCAGGGCAUGUACGCUCACAAGCAUUGCGAAAAAACACUGCUGAACUAAUGAUGCCAUCGGAUGUCCAAUAAAUGCAUGAUACUGCACUGCAUGUAUUAAACUGCUGUUCACUGUUUCUGUAUUUCCCAAGCCUUUUCUUUAUGCACAUUCAACCCAACGUUUUCUUCGGGGGGGUUACUUCUUGUUUUGCUUUUAAAUGAGUCAAUGUAUCUGUAACUCGAAAUCCAUUGUUAAGUUUGAGUAAAUGCAAAAACUGAUGUUUUGUAAACAAGAUACUGCAAAGCCUGCUAACGUAUUUUGUCUUUCUGUUGAAUGCUCUGCAGCACGUACAGGAAGAGUCACCAUCCAGAGCAGCUUAAAACUAUGCAGCAGUCAUGUACACACGUCUAGAAAUAGGGAUUUGGGGAGGGGAGGGUCCCUUUUUUAAUAGAAUGCUUAAAAAUUUAAUCGGCAUCAAAAAUUCCUUCCCUGGGUUGCUAAUGCUCAGGGCUACCAAGAAGCAUGUUGGUGUGUCUCUUCGUUUUUUCUUUUUUUUCAUGUGGCUCAUUUUUCUCAGUCAAAACUUUAACUGGUUCACUCAACACUUAGUAGUUCUCUCUUCCUGCAAGAUAUUUCUUUCUCGCUGUUGCAGAAUGAACUGCAUUUUGGGGACCAAGAUGCUGUGAUUAUUUGCCUGCACAAAAUAGAGCUGAGCUAAUUAUCUCAUCCUUUCCGAAGCAACACCUCCUAAAUACUAGCAUUUAAUCCUUGAACCACCGUGUAGUACCACCAUUUAUCUGCAGAAGAGUUUGGUGUGGUACUUUUCCUUCUUCCACAUGGAAAUCACACCCUUGCCUUCUCUUCCUUUAAUCAUUGACCUGUUUUCAUUUGUGCUGGUCUUUCUAAGGCAGGGCAGGUUACAGAAUGGCCACAAGGUACUUUUAGUACCUCCAGCCCAAUCCUCUUGUGGGCAUCGGCAGGGCAAUGGUCCCAGCUCCUGAGCAGUUGCUGUGUUAGUGUGGGAGAUGCUCAAGUUCCCAAUACUCCAAACAGAGCCAGCUGAAAAGGCUGGGAAAGGGCUGAAAGGGCUCCUGGCAAGGGCAUGCCAGGCAGAGGGCCUGGAGAGAAAGCACUAUGCUGGUGGCAUAGGGAGCAAGUUUCAGUCCUUGGAAAUUAUGCAAGGGACUGCUCCAUGGUGGCUGAAAGCACCAAGAAGUCUUGAGACUGCUUUCAAGGCUGGUGCUCAGCCAGGAUGCUGUGCCAUGGCUGAAGAACUACAUGGCAGCAUAAAAAAUCAUCACGAAUAAUGGUUGAAAAUCAGCCCGAUUUCAGAUUGCUGUGGCAGCACAGGGUGCAAGGCUCCACAAAGAGGUGGACAUGUGCUGUUGUUCUGGUGGGUGGGAGCUCCUAGGGGGGUGCUGAGGGCUUUUCUCAGCUGCAUCGCCUGAGCUCAGCAUGGCAUCACACAUGCUGUGUCUUACUAGAUCGAGCUGCAGCAUGAUCCCCAAAGUGAAGAGCACAGAAGGUUGUAGCUCAGUGGGAGAUACGGUAUGACUCAUGUUUCUGGUCAACACAAUGUCAGCAUCCUGUUGUACAUUGGCCUCUAGUUGAGAAACAGCGUUUUGGUCAGUUUAGGCCUUUUUUUAGAUAGAUAUUUGAUUUGGUCAGCAAACAAUGAAAAAAAGCCCAGUCUACCCAGACUAGUGACUCCCCAAAUAUCCCCAACUGCAAAACAUCUCUCAGUUGACUUUUAAUGAAAAUGCAAGCAUGUUUUCUACAAAGGCUUAAAUCUUAAUCAAGGAAUGUCAGUGUGCCUAAUAUUGCAGGUCUUGUGGUUGAUAUAAGUUCAUAACAGCAUCCAUGUCCAAACAGAAGGGAGAAUGUGUAUUUACUCCAUGCAUGUAUUAAGGCAUCGCAAAAGUUUUAUCUGUAUAAUGCGUUUGCAAUACUGCAAAUUGUUAAUGGGGCUACGUCGCAAGUGGUUCUCUGCCUUGACAAUCAUGUAUACAUAUCAAGAUUUCUAUCAUAAUGACAAUUUAAAGGGAUGACUAAUUGUUUUCCUCCAAUAAAUCCAAUUAAAUCAC